UUGGGACUGGUAACAUGGUGUCCCGGAGAAAGGCGCCGAGGAGUGGGCAGAGCGAACAGUGGGUGCUGCUGGCACCAGAAUCGCUAUCCGGAGAUGCCAAGAACUUGAGCGACGAGACUGUUUUUGUAAAGCUGCGGGCUCCAUUUGCAGAUAAGGGGGCUAUGUUCUUGUUUAUUAACUCUGGUCAGCAAAUCUGUGAAGUAAAGGCUUUCCAUGAAGAAUAUCGGUCAUGGUUUAUAGGUCAGACUGUUCAACAAGAUGGGAGACUGUUGAUUGCAACGCCUAUUGAUCCGCUGUUUUUAGUUUUGCCCUAUCUGAUAAAAGCAGAUAAAGAGCAAGGAAAAUUUCAGCCAGUGGAGCAAAUUGUUGUGGAUGAAGAGUUCCCAUCAUGCGGCAUGUUACUGCAGUGCACUCCAGUCGCAAAAUCACUUCACCAUGUGACAGAAGAAAAAGAAAUAGGCAGCAAGAAAUUCCACAAAUACAGCAAAGAAAAAGCUUUAGUGUGGUUAAAGAAAAAGGUUGACCAGACAGUUAAGGUUCUCAAAAGUAGUAAAGUUUGUGUGGGAGGAGGAGUACAGUCUGCUACCUUUAUACGCAGUACACAAGGAUCGGAUGUUAAAGAAGAAGACUACACACGCUAUGCGCAUGGUCUGAUUUCAGAAUAUCUCACUGAAGAUCUCAGAGAGGAUUUGUCAAAGUAUUUAGGGCUUCCAGAUCUGUCAAGUCCAACUCCUGAGCCCCCAGUAAAGAAAAGGAGAGUUUCUGAUGCGCCUGUGGAAGCAGAUGAGGACUACACAAAGUAUAAUUCAGACAACAAGAGCAGAAAGUCCAAUAGCAAGAUGACAGCAGCCCAAAAAUCACUGGCCAAAGUGGAUAAAAGUGGGAUGAAAAACAUUUCUGCAUUUUUUAGUCCCAAAGCCAAGGCCGCAAAGUAGAGAGGGGAAAAAAAGAUUUUUUUCUGUUGUUCUGGUCAGAACGUGAAUGUAUUUUAUAAAAUAAAAAUAUUUUUGUUGUUU